CCCAAUAUCCUCCCAUAGAAAGAAAGAUAAAUACCAAACUUUAGCUCCCAAAAUACUCCAACGACUUUAAGCUUUUGUUUCAGUUUGGAAUACAACGAACUUUGGAGUCACAGAAAAAGAGAGAGAGUUAGAACUAGAGAAAGAAACAGAAACAGAGGAUGGCCGGGUUGGUAAAGGCAGCUCCGUUGACUUAUGUGGUACACGUGCUAGCGGUGGCGUGUGCAGUGAUGGUGUUGGUUUGGUGCAUCCACUUCAGAGGCGGAUUGGCUUGGGAAGCUACCAAUAAAAGUCUCAUCUUCAACAUUCACCCUGUUUUGAUGUUGAUUGGUUUCAUAAUACUUGGAGGUGAAGCAAUUGUAAGCUACAAAUCUCUGCCCUUGAAGAAAGAAGUGCAGAAAGUGAUUCAUCUAGUGCUGCAUGCUGUUGCACUAAUUCUUGGUAUUAUUGGUAUUUGGGCUGCAUUCAAGUUCCACAAUGAGAGUUCAAUCCCAAACUUGUACAGCUUACACUCAUGGCUUGGUAUUGGCAUCAUUGUCCUCUACACCCUUCAGUGGAUAUACGGAUUCGUAAUAUUCUUCUACCCAGGAGGGAACUCUUCCUUAAGAAGUGAAUCACUUCCAUUGCAUGUUCUCGUAGGGAUAUUUGUGUAUGCAUUAGCUAUUGCAAAUGCAGCAAUAGGAUUCCUAGAGAAGCUUACCUUUCUCGAAAGUUCAGGCCUCGACAAAGUCGGUCCAGAGGCUUAUCUCGUAAACUUCACUGCCAUUGCUACUAUACUUUUUGGUGGGUUUGUUUUGCUCACGGUGUAUGCUCAGAAGGAUGAGCAGACGGAGGAGGAGGAUUAUAGAAGCUAUUCAGCUAUUUGAAAGACUAUAAAUGAAAAAUACCAUACCACUUUGAAUCCUUGUUACUCUAUACUUUGAAGGUGAUUUUAUGGUGUCAAUGUAUAGUUAAUUAGUCAUGAAUUGUUUUACUUUAUUCUUUUAAAAAACUUGUUAGAAAAUUAUGUCUUGUAUGUCAUGUAUCUAAGUCACAGUCUUGGUGGUGGUUUUUAUGAUCUGAAAAUGUUUGUACUGUACCUUUGUUGCAAAGACAGGGGUCACACUUAUCUUAAACUCCCUCCAUUCUGAAAUUAUUUGCUAUAUUAUAAUUUACUAAACAAAUGUUGGUAUUGUA